GUUAAUUAGAACAUUUUUGUUAUUGUCGAGUGUCAACAAAGAUAGACGCUUCUCCCUCGCUUUCAAAAUGAUGGACGUUCUAUUUUCCAGUAAAAAGGACUCGAGAGACUUUGGAAAGAUCUGUAUAUUCUUUUCAAGAGCGUGUGGUACCAUAGCCUCAGUCAUAAUAUUGUUAUGUGGAUUGAUAUCUUUAUUACCUCUACCAAGUUUAACGACAACACUCAGUCAGUACCCACGCUGCCUUGGAGUCGGAUUCAUAUUCAUAAUAUCAUCAGUGUUGAUGUUCUUCAUGGAGGUGACAAUACUGGGAGUGUGUGUGGAGAGACUCUCGUUUAUAAACGGAUUAUUGAAGUACUUAAAGAACUGGCACAGAUCAGUCUUGUAUAUGGGUGUGAGUAUAACUCCCAUUGUUUUAUGGUGUCUCUCUGCCUCCACCAUCAUACCAAUGAUACUCUUCUUCCUUAUUGGGGCUCUCAACUUUGUACUGGCCAUCGGACAAAAAGCUGAUCACAGUGAUGUAUUAGCAGCAAGAUGGCAGAGAAUAGGAGAUGAGGAGCUAGGCAACACAAAAGAUGAAGAUGAUGAUGAAGAUGAACAAAAUGAAGGAGAGACGCUUCAGGGAGAAACAAGUUUAUCGAAAUCAUAAAGAAAGAAAGAGAGCGAAAAGAACAACUAUGUCAGUCUAUGAAAACUAUCAUGAAACGGGACAUUUAAAAUAUUUAUUUUUCAUACCCAUUAUUGUUUUAAACAGGUUUCAUUUUGAAAUAAAAUAAUAA